UAUUCGCUAUACAUUUUUUCACUUUUAUUUAAAAAAAGUUGAGUGACAUGCCUGACGAUCUCAAAGUGUUAUAGUAUAAUACCAAAUGUCAUCUGAAAAUAAUACUAUUAUGAUUCGAAUAUAUUAUUUAUUGAUUCUUUAUAUUUCACUAUUGGGACACCAAGGUUUAGCUCAAAUUGUGCCUAAUGAAAAUUCAACAACAAAUAGUACAAUUUUAAUGGCAUUACGUCCACCAGAAGGACGAAUUAUAAAUGGAACACCUGCCAAACCAGGGCAAUUUCCUUUUCAGGUUUACAUAACUGCUGAUAAGUAUGCAUGUGGUGGUUCGAUUAUCAAUAACAAUACCGUGCUAACAGCUGCGCAUUGUGUUUAUUACGCGGAUAAACAUAAUAAAUUAAUUCCAGCGAAUAAAAUUAAAGUAUGGGCAGGUGGUGUUAAUAAAAAUCUUAUGGAAGAGUUUCGAGUGAAGAAAGUUAUUCCACAUAAGAAAUAUGAUUCAAAAAAAUUUGAUUACGAUAUUGCUUUAAUCAAAAUUACAACUAAGUUUUGGACUCAACACCCAACAAACAUUAUCGACUCAAUUUCUUUAACCCGACAACGUUUUCCAGACAAUACUGAAUGUACCGUAUCUGGUUGGGGUUAUACAAUCGGUAAUCAACCAGUAUCAGCAGCAAACACCUUAAUGCAUACAAAUGUAAAAAUUUAUAAUCACAAAAUAUGUAAUGAUAUGUAUAAACCUUCAAAGACAAAAAUCACUGAUGCUAUGAUUUGCGCAGCUAAUAUAAAUAAUUCAACUGUUUGCUCGGGUGAUUCAGGUGGACCGUUGUUUGUGAAAAAUAAACAAACUAGUAAUAUUCCACAAUUAAUUGGUAUAGUAUCAUUUGGCAUAAAUGGCUGUUACACAAAUAUUCCAAGUGUUUAUACAGACGUAUUUCAUUACAAAGAUUGGAUUGAAAAAAAUGCUGGAAGUCAUGGAAUUUCAUAUCAAAUUAUAAGUUUUAGUCAAUUUCUUAGUUCAGUUUUAUUAUCUACUUUUAUUUUGUAUUUUAAAAACUUGAAUUAAAAAAAAUUAAUGAAUAA